CUGCUCGCUCCUCUCAAGUGCUCUUGUCUCCUCCCUGUUCCCUUCCGUCAUUCUCACCGUGCACUGUUACCUCCUCUGCUCCUCAGGCGCAAAGGCACUACUUGUUUGAGCUCCUAGACCAAGACGUCCUCCUCCACCCCAACGUCUCACAAUAACAAUGUCUGUGAACACCUACUUUCUGCCGGCCCUGCCGUAUGCCUACGAUGCCCUCGAGCCCAGCAUCUCCAAGCAGAUCAUGGAGCUUCACCACUCGAAGCACCACCAGGCCUACGUCACAAACCUCAACAAGGCCCUCUUCGACCUAGCGGCCGCCGUCCAGACCAACGACAUCGACAAGCAGAUCACAUUACAGUCAGCCAUCAACUUCAACGGCGGCGGCCACAUCAACCACUCCCUGUUCUGGCAGAACCUGGCCCCCGCGUCCAGCCCGGAGGCGUCGCGGCCUGACGAGUCGGCGCCGUCCCUCCUUGCCGAGAUUGCGCAGACCUGGGGCAGCCUGGAUGCCUUCAAGCAGUCAUUCUCUGCCAAGCUGCUGACCAUCCAGGGCAGCGGCUGGGGCUGGCUCGUCAAGGUCGCGGGGCCUGGAGACAGGAAGCCCCUCCAGAUCGUGACGACAAAGGAUCAGGACCCCGUGCCUAACAGCUUCGUCCCUGUUCUUGGCGUGGACAUGUGGGAACACGCCUACUACUUGCAGUAUCUUAACGGCAAGGCGGCGUACGUGGAGAAUAUCUGGAAGAUCAUCAACUGGCGGACGGCCGAGGAGAGGUUUCUCGGCGCCCGCGCAGAUGCCUUCAAGGUGCUUCAGGCCUCUUUGGGCUCCGGCCAGUCUCUAUGAUCCGGCUCUUCUUCACUUGUUGCUGAGUGCUGUGGCCAGACGUACGUCAGAGAUGUGUUUUAGGCUCGAUUCAGCCAUUGCGGCAUUUGUGCCGAUGAAGGCUUCCUUCUCUGGACGGGGAUCAGUGAGAGGAUCGACGGUGGAAAAAGUCCACAGCAUGAACGUGACAGUUUUCAGAACCCUGCAUUAAACAAGGUCUUCUGUAGCAGAGCCAAUGUAUUGAGGCGCUUCAUGUACUACAGAACUCCGGCGCAACUGUGUACUAUCAUCAAGCUCUUCACUUGUACACAUGA